AGUUAUCAACUGAAUUUAUAAAAACAGAUUAUCUAUUAUUCAAAAUUCAUUCAACUGUGAACUUUGACACGUAUGAAGAUUGAUUUCAAACUAUUCAAAAAUAUUUUUAAGAUAAUGCGAUGUACAGUAAUCAACGUUAAUAAUCUGUUAAAUCAAAAUUAUCCUCGAUUACGAAAGCUGGGCAAUUGCAAGAACUUGAAUCUCGUUUUGUAACCUCAGGUACGCACUUUGAGCGGCCAAAGAUGAAAGGAACUUGACGACGGUCGUUAAACGUGUUCAUCAUGGCGUGUUCUUAAGAUCUCAUCAUGGUUGCUACGGGUAGAUUCAUGAAAAAGUUUAGAGACUUCAAACCCGAGUUUGAGGGCGGGAAUUGAUUUUCCUUCGACGGUGCAAUCGAUGGUCCGGCUGUUAUCUAUGGCAAAUUCAUUGCCACUGGAGUAUUUAAGCCCAUCGGUUGACUUUUAAACCAAAUUUUGUCAUUCCGUUUCGGUUUGGUACAAAGAACCCGACCACUGCAUCAUAGUUGUCGUUGCUCGACAAAUUAAACUGUUUGAAGAGGGCAACUGGAAACCUUUCUCCACCAAUUGCAAAUAUCUGUGGUUGGAAAUCUCUUCUUGCUGCGCAGAAUUCCCACCCCCCACUGUUUUGUCUUUGUUGGACCUUCUGUAUGUUGCACGAACUCCACGCCUUCGUCAUCUUCAGUUUGCAUAAUUGAAAGUCUUCCACUUUCAUUUCAUGACGUUCUUGGCGGUCCUGAGGACCAAAGAACUGAGUUAAAAGCCACCAUAUAGAAGAAAUUUGAGCGACUAGAGUUUUGAAACCAAUUUUAUUUUGCAAUUUCUUCCCUGGAAAGAGGGAUUAAGAAUAACCGUGCUGUGUAGGUACAUACGGGACGUGACUCCGGGCAGUUUGGCAGAAGGCGGAAACACUGCGAAUUCCUCCAACACUCCGCAAGCGUCCUCAGCUGCUUGGAGAAAGUCAAAGCACCAUUCAGGAGCAAGGGGAAGAAAAGAGAUCUCCCGGCAUCGCUGAAGCUAAAAAUAUUGCCUUGUCAAUCACUGCGAAAAAACAAAAGGUUAAGCCAUCGCGGAUGAACACGAAAAAUUCAAAUAGCGCUUCAAUACGCUCAACCUUCAGAAAGGACGAGGUGGUCGUGCAGCUUCAACAUCGAUCAUGGAUGACUUUCCAGAGAAAAAGGAACACCCCAAGGAUAAGGUAACUCUAGUCAACGAUUAUGUUCAAGAUGGUUCUAAAGGAGAGAAACCGGCUUCAAGAAAAUGGACCAUCUUGCGGACCACUGCUAUCUUUGUAGUUGUCUCUCUGGUGGUUUGUGGAGCCAUCCUGACAGCAUUUUUGUUGACUCGGAAAAAGCACACUACUGAGCGCUUAGUGGAAGUCAAUUUGGAGCCAGGUGAAACUUUAUUGUAUGAAGUCGAGCAAGCCCUUGAAGUACGGAGUGGAGAGCUUCAGAAAGGAACCUUGAGUGCUAUCGUUGCACUUCAAGUAAAAAACAAGACUUCAGAAGAGUAUUGGUUCAUUUUAAAGAUCAUCAGCAUUACUGCUGAAGGAGAAAACUUGGAAAGAAUUGCUAACAUAAACCCAGGAAGACCGGUAUAUUUUCUGGUGAGGGUUGAGCGCACUUCAAGGUCUGAUGCGUCCAACUCCGCUAGGGAAGACGAAUCAUUUGAAUUAUACGGAAACCAAAGGUCUGACGCGGCAGAGUUCACUCGUUAUGUGCGAGCCAUACUCACUCAGCUUCUCCCAACUGUUGAGCGCAACCUCUUCGAAAGUGUAGACGGAGAGAAACCAGAUCCAAAUUCUGAGCCAAAACCUGAAAAAUCUUCGUUGUUUCCCGGUAUUGUGAAGAUGCAUAGAGAGGCAAACACGUCGGAACACGACGGAGUUUUGAUCAAGAAUCAUUUCAAUCGUUCAGAUGUCGCCAAUAUGACAUCUGAAAUCGACCUAGACAUGUCAUAUGCUGAUUCAUCCGUUCUUAAGAAGAGCAACGGUAUGGUAGCUAAGAGUCAGGUUCAUUUGACUGAACAAUUGAACUUCGGAGAGCCAGUUCAACUCAAGAAUGGAUCUGCAACUAGCACGAUGAACGUUACAUUCAGAAGUAACGUAACACUUCUUGAUGAUGAGAAAUCUCGCAGAAGCUAUCUUGAAGACGAUGAAUUAUUACAUAUUAACGUACGAGGCUUUGUAAAGCUCUUUGCACCAAAAUCUGACGUUAAGUUCGCAAUGAAGGAGUCCAAGCGGGAGGCUGUGAAAGAACCUACUGGUGAUUCCGGUGCCUCAAAUACCACCAGCUUUGCCGGUGCAGAUGAGCCAGCAACAAAUUUGACAGUAGACUCGUUUGUCUCCGGAAACCGAACCCGCAGACAAACCAGGUUUUGGGAGACUCUCGGCAGAACGCAGGAGAGGACAGUAACACUCUUUCAAAGGAGAAUUUUUGGUGUUACCGCAAAACUCGAUGCUGAAUUGCAAAUCAAAGAAAUUAAGCUGAGAUUCACGAACAUACAGAUCGACGAAAGAAAUAGAAUAAAAGUCAUUCUACGUUUGGGAUCCAAGUCAAGGACGCUGUUCGACAAAUCCUUUAGUACCUAUUGGAGUACUACUUAUUUUUGGGACUCUGUUUCAAUGGACAUAAGAGUUCCAGUAUUCAUCAUCUCCCUUGGUGUGGAAUUCAAACUAUGGAUACCUUUUACCCUCAAAGUUCGCCCUGGGUCAAACACAUUGACACCUCUCCGCUACGACGUUACGAUUGAGCCUUCUCUGUCAGUUACAGCUUCUCUCCAUGGGUAUGUAUCAUUUCUGAACCUUCGGGCUGGUGUUUAUGGCGACGGCCACUUAAUACGCGGAAGUCUUCCCCUCACGAUUUCAUACCACGAAAAUCGUCCUUCCAACAGAAAAGCAUGCUUGGUUCUUUCGGCUGAUCUUAACAUUCUCGAAGUGGAAGCUGGUAUUUUUUAUCAGUGGAAAUCCUGCCGCUGGUCUUGGUUUCGUCUCAGAUGUAGGUGGGGCGCGCGCCGUAACCUGCACUCGUUUGGUAGAAUGUCCGCUAUCACCAUGAGGCAUUAUCUGCUUAACUACUGUUAUUUUUGAUUGGACACCAGGAAAAAGAUCUUAAGUGUGUGUGGCAAUGGUUUCUAGUUUUCUAAAACAUGAUUAGUUGAUGCAAAUUGGCCCUGAUUAGGGCCACUUAGCAUUUACUUGGGCUUUUGUAUGUUAAAGCAGUUUUCGGUUGAGAUCAAUUGAGUGUCGGAAAACCAAAACCAAAGUAAUCACAUCUAAGGUUGAUAUCAUCAUUAACCAAUGAUAUCUCAAAGUAAAAAGAAGCGACUUGCUUGAAGCGCGGGAAAACGCGCGUGACCAAGCUGGGACUGGUUAUAGUUUUUCAUUUGAUUGGUUAGCACGAUGGCGCGGGUUUUCUGGACCAAUCACAGAGGGAGCGAAGUAAAGCAAAA